GUAGUAAUAGUACUAGUAUUAGUCUGUUGUUCUUACUCGCAGCUGUGGAGUGUUGUUGUAGUUGCGUGUCGGAGGCCAUCUAGGGUUGCGGUUGUUUUGAUUGGUGCUGACUGACGAGCGCCCCGUCAGCAUGGGUGGAAUAAGCAGCUUGGAUACAAACGCGCAAGAAAGAAUAAAAGACACAGCGCGGGUGGUGCUGGAGACGUUCCUCAAGCAGUAUGUGAGAGCGUAUGGUAGGGUGCUUUUGCAGCAUGCCCGUCUCAAAGAGGAGGAUCGCAAACGCUUUGAGCUUGCUGCUGCAGGCAAGCUGGAAUCAUCAACCAUGCCGCUUCUGGAGACUUACCGUCUACAAGAACGACCGAAAUUCUUAUCAAGGUGUCCACUGAUCGAAGGCAAGCUGACCAAGCAAGGCGUAAUUCACAAGAGCUGGAAAGAGCGCCACUUUGUAGUCCGUCCCGACUUUUGCAUCGAGUACUACGAAACCGACCAGUGCUACAGGUUAAGUCAGAAACCUAAAGGCACCAUCAUCCCAAGCGGCUACAUAGUCAACGCCAAUGUGCAGGAUGCCCAGCGAGUGCGGCUCACACAGCUAGCUGGCAAGAUGAACUCUGUCCAGGACGACCUGCCAGCAUUAGCUCAAUGGCCGGAGUUCACAUUUGAGAUAUACCACGAGCGUCGUCGUUGCUACUAUAUCUCUGCGUCGACAAUGGAGGAGAAGAUCAAGUGGGUGGAGGUGUUCCGCAAUGCUGUCCGCAACAACAAAAAUUACGCCAAGACAGACCCGGCAAGCGUGGCUGCAUUUGAGUUGGCCGUGACCAAAUGCCGACAGGAGCUGGGUCAUUGGAGCACCUGGUCCUUUGGCGGCACAGAGGAGGAGGUGCUGGUGGACAUGGUGAUCAGUGACCUGGAGGAUACACUGCUGGGUGAUGUCUACCUGGGUCUCAAGGGCAGUCUGGCUAAUAGGCUGAAAACAAGGCAACAGCUGAUGGCGAGGCUCGUUAGCAUGGUGACGGACAGCGUCAACAUGAUCCUGGAGAAGAUGAAGGCACAAGAGCACAUGAUACACCUUGAGACCAAGGACUUGCUCGGUCAGAACAUGAUGGCAGUGGACAUCACUGAUAGGGAGAUGACUGCGCAGUUACGAGACCUGGCAGAUGAACUGUUGAUUCCCUGGAUUGGUGAGCACGUCGUACCAGUGCUACCGGACAUGUUGAAGUUGUUGACAGAAAAGGUUGAUGCAGCAUUCACUGAAGCACGGUAUGUAUUCGAUAGCAAGAUUGCCGGCUUGUUUGACGCUAUACGUGCAGAUAAAGAGCCGCUUGUGAAGAAUCAUCAUGACCUGCUAUGUACGCUGAGCUUCAACUAUGAAGAAAUGCACCGCGUUAUUGACAAACUCAAAGCACUCGAGCAGAUCUUGAUCGGGUUCCGUGAGCACUUCAACGACGUCCAACCAUGGCGAGUGAUCUAUUCGGUGCAGACGAGAAUAAUGAAGGUGUUAGACAAUGCCUGCUACAGCUAUCAGGAUUUGGUACUGAAGGAUCUCGCGACGGCCGGUGAUAGAAGUCCACCGAUUGCUGGACUCCCAGUGGAGAGGCUACGUCUUAAAGAGGCUAUGCUCGUUGCUAACACCAAAAUCAUUGGAAUGUUAGAAGAUGAUAGUGAGCUGGCAGCUGUGGAGUUCUACAAGGAGACAUUCCUGAGUAUCAUCAAGCCCCAGGUGCUGAGGACGAUCUAUCACGGUGUCAAGCCGGUGACGGAUUCACUGAAUCACUCCAUUCCAGACUCGUUCCGGCCAGUGUUGUUUGCGAGUGAUCUGUUCGAGGCACUUCUAGAUGGUCUGAUUGAGAGGAGAGUGGAUGUUGUGCUCGAUGCUCUUGGGAAGCGUGUGCGCCUCGAAUUUCAUCGAACGUAGCAGGCUGGCCAUUGAUCAUUUCAUCGGACGUAGCAGCCUGAUCAUAGCGUUGCUGUAGAUCGAGUAUGUCUGCACACAGGAUGCCACGCGAUUCCUUUGGUAAGCGUCACACAGAGAAAGAGGCAGAUCCAGCACAAGCAAGUAUCUGAGUGUCCGCCAUGGUGACACUGCCAUUGUGCCCACAAGGUCACAUCGUGAUCAGUAUGACAGUAAUGCCUGCUGAUAGGCAGUGUGAUGAUGCCAGUUGUGCUAAGACCGGGUCAAUCUGUCACCUGUGCUGGGUCAUCUUAGCGUCCACGGAACGUUGGUCUACGGACGAGAUGCAAGUUGACGACUUGAGAUUGUCACCCGUGCGUGCGUGUGUGUGGGUGUGUGUGUGGUGUGUAUGGUGUGUUGUGUGUGUGUUUUGUGUGUCGUGCGUUUCCUAGCACUACCACAUCUCAUUGUUCACAGUCAUUCAUACCGUCGGCAAUAUUUCUGUUGAAAUCCUGGCAGCCACGGGCGUCGGUUUGUACAAAACUUGUCAUAGGAUUUGUCAGCAACCACUGCAUGUAUCUCCCUGGUCCCUAGAAACGAGUCUGUCUUAUGCCGGCAUGUCAAUAUUUCUGGAAUAUCUUUAGCCUUUGUUGAGAUAACUGCCCCGUCAUAUUGCCCACGUUCUGGCCACGCAUUGAUUUACUACUUCGAAGUAGUACUUUGCCGAGCUACCCGUUCACACUCUGUACGGUGUGGGGCCGGCCACAUGGCUAACUUUCUACUACUACUACUACUACUACUACUACUACUACUACCACUACAUGCACAUGUACUGCAAAGUAUUUUGUUUGCAGGCACUUGAGCCAUAUGCCUUUUGUUACAACGGUGUUGACCGGACUGGUUUCUUUUUAAAAAUUUUUUUCACAAUUAUACUAUUCCUGAUAAGACUCAGUUUGAGAGCCAAGGAUUUAAGUGAAAAAAGAAUGUUGCACGUUCUGACUCACCGGUAUCUUGCUUAAACAUUUUUGUUAGUGUGGGACACAAACAACGGAUAACUACUUGUUAACCUUCGGUCCAUCUUUUUUCAUACUAUUCCUGCUUUUUAAUAUUUCAAGUUUUCACUGAGCUCAGGACAGGUGCUUCAUGGUGAUAAGGAUCUACAGUGUAUGCUGGGCAGAGAUUUGGUCCUGAGAAAAAAAGCUUCUCCUCUGC